AUGGCGGAAUGCGAUCAUCGUCUUCGCCCUCCGCAGCGUCGCUCCUCCUCACAGACGUCUUCCUCGUCGCGCCACAGCCAAAAAGCUAAGACCAUCCGAACCAAAGCCCAGAAACGCCAUUCUGCUUCUAACGCAACCGAGUCCGACACCGACCUGACAUCGUUCCCGUCCCUCUCGCCGGACCGCUCCCCACCGGGGUUCCUAGGCCAACCGGCGCUGACCCGCGCCCUGACAAGCACAUUGUUGAAUGGGAGCGAAGGGAGUGAAAGCAGUAGCACUAUGGAUCAUACCAGGGAUCGGAGAUCGACGCUGGCGAAACUCACCACGAGCUCACAGAACUCUGGCCGCGCAGCGUUGUUUGAGGAUUCCGUUCCGGUCCGCGAUUUCCCUGGCGCGCUGCAUCUCGCAGAUGACGCCCACGUUGAACGGCUGAUUACCAGCAAUGGUGCGGUUAAGUUGGUGCGUCAGUUUGCGCGCGACCUGGCGCAGCGCGAUGCCGAGAUCUCUGCUUUACGCCAGCGCGCUGGUGAUAGGGAGAGGGAGCUCAAGAGGAUGCUACGCGAGGUGUCGGUAUCAAACAAGGACAUUGAGCGUCGGCUGUAUACAUUGGAAAACUCGCAGAAGGAUGAAAGUGAUCAGGGAAACGACGCAGAACAGACAGUUAAAGGCCCGAAUAGAGUUGGCGGUCUCAUGCAACAGGCGAUGAGUGAUGGUGUUGGUAGUCACUCUGACAGCGAUAAUGAUGAUGAUCUAGAUACCGCUGUUCAAUCUACGAUUCGCAGGCCCUUCCAGUUGGAAGGCGACGAUAAAUCGGGAACUUCGAGUGUUGGAUCUGGAGCUCCGAAUCGGAAACGGCAAGGGUCCAUGCGCAGUUGGCAGGAUUACAUCUUCGGUAGCGCUGCGGGAAGCCGAAAAACUAGUCGAGCCAGCAGUAUAAUGUCUGAUCUUGGGGAGGAUGAGGAGGAUGCCAGCCGUCAGCGAAUGCCCUCCGGUAACGCGUCCAAUCGCCGUAAGCCACUCGACGACCAGUUGUUCCAGCCUGUAGAAGGGCAACCCGCCGGGGAUAAUUCAAGCACACAUUCACGCAAAUCUUCGAGGUCGGUCUCAUCUUGGACUGUCAAGUUGUUCGCUGGGAACCAAUCGAGCCGUGAUGAGAGUCCAGCGGAUAGGAACCGCGGAAGAGCUUCUUCAGCCAACCGGGAGAGGACUAAGGGUCCCCCACCUGCACUCCCUGCAACUAAACAUGGCAUGACAGCGGUGGCAGCGCUGAAGCGAAUCAACAGUACCGCGAGCAUGCCAGCAGCUCAAGGAAAGUCGAAUGGCUCAGGCACCGCACCACGGACGGGACAGCUUGGCCGGAGACAGCCAGCUUCCAGUGUUUCGCAGGGAGCAGCGGCGGAAGUGUCAGCGAAGAACCCUACUAAUCUCGGGCCGGUUGAAAUGGAAGCUAUCCUUCCCAUGGAGUCCCGGCCUCCAACGCUUUCGCCAAUUUACAACAAUUACCUGGGUGGGGAUUUUUUAACCGACCGCUUCGGAUUUAUUUAUGACCAGCGUCGCAAGAGGAGGCAAAGGGAGGCCAAUGUGCUCAAGAACAACGGAAACCGGCUAAGCAUCGCGGAGACUCUCAAUACCUUCCGAAGCGAUACCUCUGAUAACCAUAAUGAGCUUGAUGUAAAUGAACAGUUGCCCUCCGCUGCUGGGUCUUAUCGUUCUUCAGGCCCAGGCUCCCCAACUGAUCCGGAGGCCGGCGCCCAGCGGUGGCAAGACUACUUGACAGUGCCGUCUGCACCGACAGAGUUACUCUCACAUACACCUUCAGCUGGACCGAUUGUGUCACUGACUACCGCGGGCGAGGAAGUGCCUCGCAACAAUGGAGUUACUGUUGAAGGGGGUCGUUCGGUUUCCGUCAACUCGAACUCUCAACCAUCUGCUUCCACGUCUACUGUCGUCGCGGAUCGCCCGGAGUUUGCUGGGUCGUCUGCGGACGAGAUCGCAGCUCUUGCACCUGGAGCAGAAAAUGAACCUGUCAAGUUGCUUCUUGAACAGUUGACCGAGCUUCAUGAUUUGCUGCAACGCGAGAGAACUGUCAGAUGGAAUGAAUUCUUGCGCAAGGUACGCGCCGAGCGCCGGAAAGAAGGAGAGGCUGCAGCUGCGGCUGCGGCGGCAUCAGACCAGCCAUCGAAGGCUAUGGAUAUGCCCGAAGUAUCGCUGGCCGAUGGCGAAAUGGUGGGGAUUUCUGGCCUGGGCAACAAGGGAAAGGUUGGUCGUGCGAAAUGGCGAGAAUUCCGAGCUCUCGUCCUAGGUGGGAUUCCGGUUGCCUUGCGGUCCAAGAUUUGGUCGGAGUGCAGCGGUGCGUCGUCGAUGCGCGUGCCCGGGUACUAUGAUGACCUUGUAAAGGGGGUGGGAGGUACUGAGCCCGACGCAUCGGUCGUAGCUCAGAUCGACAUGGACAUCAACCGGACCUUGACAGACAAUGUGUUUUUCCGUAAGGGACCUGGCGUUACAAAACUCAAGGAGGUGCUUCUUGCCUACUCCCGCCGCAACCCUGAGGUGGGAUACUGCCAAGGCAUGAACCUCAUUACCGCCUCACUUCUUCUUAUUACGCCCACCGCUGAGGAUACAUUCUGGUUGCUCACAUCUAUGAUCGAAGUUAUUCUGCCACAGCACUACUACGACCACGGACUCAUGGCAUCUCGAGCUGACCAGGCGGUGCUGCGGCAGUACAUCUCUCAGGUCCUGCCAAAGCUGUCUGAUCACCUUGAAAACCUAGGCGUCGAGCUCGAGGCGCUUACAUUCCAGUGGUUCCUCUCGGUGUUCACCGACUGUCUUUCCGCCGAGGCGCUGUAUCGCGUUUGGGAUGUGGUCCUUUGCCUUGACGUAUCGAGCGCAGUGAACAAGAACCCAGCCACCGCAUCAAAUCCCACCUCAUCAGCGCCAACCCCGAUUGGUACUCGCGAGAAAACAAACAAAUCCGCAACCAAUGAUAUGACCUCCGGCAGCGGAGGUGGAAGCACAUUCCUCUUCCAAGUUGCUCUUGCGCUACUCAAGCUCAACGAAAACCAGCUCCUAACGACCUGCUCGACGCCCGCGGAGCUGUACACCUACAUCAACCACCAGAUGACCAACCAUGCUAUUAGUAUCGACGGGCUGAUCCAAGCAAGCGAGGCACUCCGCAACGUGGUCCGGCCCGAAGACGUCGUCGCGAAACGGACCGAAGCGCUGAACGAGAUGCGGGAAUUCCAAUCUGCUCCGGCGCAAGCUUCAUAG